AUGACACGGCUCACCCCACCGUUGACACUCGCCAUCGGUUUGUUGUAUUCCCUCUCUUUCUCCGUCUGGAUCUCUUGCGUCACCGCCUUUCUCGUCGAUAUCGUUGUUGCUCUUACUGUCAUUACUAGCCGUACUCUCAAGGUUAGCCAUCGCGCACUCGUCGGCUUCUGCUCGUCCGUCUUGCGCACAUGGUUUUCCGUCUUCAUGGGGCAUCUGGAGCACUUUGGCGGGAUCACCCUCGUCAUGACGGGCGAUAGCUUCUGCCCGAAUGAGUCCGCAUUGUUGGUAUGCAACCAUCGCUCAUGGGCAGAUACCAUUGUCCUAUACUCACUGGCACGUCAAGUCAGAAUGCAUGGCGAUGUCAAGUUCCUUGCCAAGCGAUCCUUGCUUGUCUUUCCUAUUUACGGUUUUGCCGGCUGGAUUCUCGAUGUCGUCAUCUUCAUCAAGAGGGAAUCCGACAGCGCCGCACAACGCAUGACAAAAGUCUUUUCAAGCCUGACGGACCCCCGUCGCGAACGAGCCCCGUAUUGGCUCAUUAAUUAUUUGGAGGGCACUCGUUUCACUCGUGCUAAACUUAGGGCCGCUCAAGAUUUUGCGAAGAAACGAGACCUCAAGACUCUAGAUCAUGUUCUUCAACCACGGACAAAAGGGUUUAUUGCCACCGUACACGCAUUGCGAGGAAGUGCUAAGGCGGUUUAUGAUGUCACCAUUGGAUACCAAGAGUCCGACAAAAAGCAUAUGGACCCGACGUUUCCGCAAAUGUAUUUCACGCCUUCACUUGCAGAGCGAAUAAUUCAUGUACAUCAACGACGUAUCCCUCUUGAUCAAAUACCGCAAGACGAAGAGGAGCUGAAGAGGUGGGUCUAUAAGUUAUACGAGCAAAAAGAUGAUUUUCUCCGCGGUUUCAGGGAGAAAGGCCAUUUUGACGGAAGGCCAAUGAGGUGGAAUCGAAUGACCUGGAUGUACUGGGUUCGGUGCCAAGUAAUUACCUAUGGCUUAUUCCUUUUCUUUUUGUACUGCGCCCUCCGACUAGUUUCUGCUGUGCGGUAA